AUGGAUUCUUAUUAAAUUAAUCUCCUGCAAAGUAAAUUUAAUCUUUAUUUGAAAUAAAAGCUCCUUAUUUUUCUUAUAAAAUAUUUUUAUAUUGUCCUCUAAUUNAAAAGAGAAGCUAUAAGAGAAUAAUUAGGAAAGAAAUUAGAGUUUGAACAAAAGUUAAAGGAUGGAAAAUAAAAAGGUAAUUAAAUAGCAAUAAUUUUUAGAGAUUGAACAAAUUGAAACAUAUGAAAUGGAUUUGUUAUAGAAAUUAUAAAACACUUAAUAAAUGUAAAAAACUGCAUUUGAAGAAUUAGAAUCAGCUUUAACAAUGACAGCUAAAGAAUUUGCAGAAAAGUAUCUUUAACCAAAAUAAAAAGAGUAAUAAACAAAUAAUUAUAUUUAGAGAUUAAAAUAAAGAUUUAUCAAAUUUUAAUACUGAUGAGGAAGGAAUUUAAAAAAAUUAAGAUCGACCACAUAUAGAUGAAUCUGAUAAAGAUUAAUCUUCUAAAAUAUCUAUUGAAUAAAUUAAUGAAAUAAAUGAACCAAAUAUAUAAAAUGAUUCUAAUAAGGAUGAUAAUGGAGAUUAAAAUGAUAACUAAAAUUAAGGAAUCAAAGAAUCUGAAAAUAAAUAAGAUGAAUAGAAUAAUUAAUAGUCUAUACAUGAUGAGGAAAAUAAUUAAAAUUAAUAAAACAAUUAAAAUGAGAUUCCAAAUGUAUUAGAUUCACCAAAAAGUUAAGAAAAAGAAGAUAACGAAUAAUAAGAAGAGGAAUAAUGA